AUGGAGCGCGCGCGCGGGCCACUGGCUGAGGCCGGCGCGCCUGAAGAGGAGGAAGAGGAGGAGGCGGCGGGGACGGCCAUGGCUGCCGUGGUGGCGGCCGCGGGCAGCGCGGGUCCGGCCGUCCUGCAGGUGGCCGGCCUCUACCGGGGCCUGUGCACGGUGCGCAGCCGCACCAUGGGCCUGGGGCUUGUGUCGCCCGCACAGCUACGCGUAUUCCCUGUGCGCCGCGGCUCGGGCCGACCCGCUGGGGGCGCCAACGACAACGGGGUCGGGGCAGACCUCGAGGCCAACCCCUACUACGACCGCUAUCGCGACAAGAUUCAGCAACUGCGCAGGACUGAUCCAGCUGCUUUUGAGUCCCGCCUGGAGAAGCGCAGUGAGUUUCGGAAGCAGCCAGUAGGGUACUCCAGGCAAGGUGAUUUUAUCAAAUGUGUGGAGCAGAAGGCAGAUGCCUUGGGGAAGCAGCCUGUGAGUAGAGGAUUCACAAAAGACAAGACUCUCAGUUCAAUCUUUAACAUUGAGAUGGUUAAAGAAAAAACUGCAGAAGAAAUAAAACAGAUUUGGCAGCAGUAUUUUGCAGCGAAAGAUACGGUCUUUGCAGUUAUUCCUAAAGAGAAAUUUGAUUUGAUCUGGAACCGGGCUCAAUCCUGUCCAACAUUUCUGUGUGCACUACCAAGAAGGGAAGGUUAUGAGUUCUUUGUAGGACAAUGGACAGGCACUGAACUCCACUUUACUGCUCUUAUAAAUAUUCAGACCCGAGGGGAUGCUGCGGCCAGCCAGUUGAUUUUAUAUCACUACCCUGAGCUUAAGGAAGAAAAGGGCAUUGUGCUGAUGACAGCAGAAAUGGAUUCCACAUUUCUGAAUGUUGCUGAGGCGCAGUGCAUCGCCAACCAAGUUCAGCUCUUCUAUGCCACUGAUCGGAAGGAGACCUUCGGGCUAGUGGAGACCUUUAACUUCAGACCAAAUGAGUUCAAAUAUAUGUCUGUCAUCGCUGAGUUGGAGCAAAGUGGACUUGGAACAGAACUGAAAUGUGCCCAGAACCAAGAUAAGACUUAGCGCUGUCUUUGCUCCGCCUACCCAAGAUCUGGUUGUGAGCCCUUCUCAGAGUCAGCCUGGCACUGGGUAGUCUAGAGCCCAUCCACCCCCGGAAUUCAAGGACUCAGCAUCUGUAAUGAGCAGUCUCUAGUGACUUCCCUGUGUGCUUGUUGCAAGAAGUGACAAUGGAGAUGAGCCCUAUUACUUGAUAUUCAGGAACAGAGAUUCCCAAGUCUUCUGAUGAUACCUCUCCGCAUACUUGAGGUUUCUUCUUACGUGUUUGUGGUCCUAGCACUAGACCAAGGACCUGCAGGAUUGUCUUGGUUUCCCACAGUUUUAUCAGUGCAUUUUGACCUCAUAGCUCCCAGAUGAUCAGUUCUUCAUCUUUAUGAACUGUGGCAGGAUAAUAAGCUUGAAGACCUACCGUAUAGUUAGGUGUGGGCUUUAUAUACUCUUCCCAUGUGAUAGUAAGCUGGCCAAAGACAUAACCUGUAUGUCCUGUUUAGACUCUAAAACAACCAGGAAAUCAUUCCCAUCAGCAUGAAGACUUCAUCUUGAAGCCCUCAGAGUUGCCAUUAGUGUGGCUGUUGGGGGUCAGCAAAUUUUAGGUAGAGUUAGAUAAACGGAUACAGUGCCUGCAUAUAAUGAAGCUGUAGCCUAUGGCCCCUACUCCUCCAUCCACGCCUGUUGGAAGCUGUGUGUUUGAAGGAGGUGAAUCAGUGCAGUAUAAGUAAACGAAAACACUUGUUAGGAGCAAAUCGAGAUCUACCUGAUUAAAAAAAAAAAAACCCUCUAUGCAUUAUGUGAAAAAUGAGGAGAAGCAAAUGUUUCCAGAUUGGAUUUGUGGAAAUUGUAGCAAUAAAAUAAAGCCUGGUUUACAAUCUUUAUUACACAAAAUAGUGAAAUCUAAGUUAUACGCUAUCUAUAGUUUCAGUGCUGUGAGCCAAUUAUUAAAACUCAUCUGGGAACUCAGAAAUAAGAAAAUUGUUCACCAGUGCUAGAAGCACAAGUUAGUUUGUAGUCUCUGUUGUGGCCCUACGCUCGGUGACAGAAGAGCUGGUAGUCUCACAGUGACCGUCAGAACCCGAAGCCCCAGAUGCCCUGGGUGUUGUUGCCUGCCCGCCUGCCUGCACUCUGCCUUUCCUUUUCUUGAUCUAACACACUCCUCCUACCCAAGAUCUGCUUGGAUGACCACGAAUAUGGUGAGUGGGAGUCAAUGCGUAUUUGCAGUUUGUGUGUGUGUGUUUUCUUCAUUACACAAGACUUUAUAGGCUGGGCCUGACCGCAGGCUUUUAAAUAGUAUUGUAUUUCCCAUUAUUUUCUGAGCUGUUUCUAUUUUGUUGCACCUUUGAGUCUGUGUUUAAAGAAACAGGUAGUAUUUGUUUAACCUGGGGAAGCUGCCACCCUUCCACAAUUUCUGUAAAGGUUGAGCUGUUUUCUUAGUACACAUUCUGGACCUGUCCUUGGUCCUGACAGUUCACCUUUUAGAAACUUGAGUCUUAUCAGCCCUGCCAUUUUCCUUAAAAGCCCUAUGGCCUUUUGGAUGUUUUGAGUCUCAGGAAUCCUUGACGUCAAGUGAGGAUGCUUUCGUAUGUAUCCAGUUAUGUUUGCUUUUCUCUCCAAAUGGACUUGGUUCUGAGCCAUAGUACAUUUUCAUACACCUCCACCAGAGGGGAAGAAAAUGAUAAGAAAAGAAAUAAUAAAUGGCUGCUUAUUGUAUUCCUCCCAGCUUUGCCUUCCAUCCCUGUUUGCCAAAGAAGGAUGUAUCCAUAAGUAAUUACAUUGGUUGUGACUGAAGUACCAUCUGGCUAUCCGUUGUGUUUCUUUACCUAGAGAGAUCUGGCCAAGAACUGAAAGAAAGUUGUAAUAUUUUAAUUAGUGAAUCUGUAACCAGGUGCCUGCAUGGUGUUAUGGAAAGGGGAAAGGCUUUAGAGUCAAGUGAAUCUGGCUUCAGAUGUCAGUGUUGCAAAUUCUUUAGUGCUGUGAUGCUGAACAGAUUACUUACACAAAUUGGAUUUGUAUUUUUUCAUCUGAAAAAUGGGGGUAAUAAUAUCUACCUCACAGGAUUAUUGUGAGAAUUAAAUUAACAUACAGAGAAGACAAGAGAACUUAGUCACGUCAACUGCCUGCCUUUUCUCUCCUUCCCCUUCCCCUCCAUGAAGACUGGUACCAUUUCAGGUUAACAAUUCUCAAGCGUUUAUGACGUAGCAGAAUUACCCAGAGCACUCUAAAAUGCAGAGUCCUAUGCCAGCAUCGUGCCCCUGCCAUACAUGCACACACACACACACCCCUCACCCCUGCUGAAUGAGAAUGUUUGAAUGAGGUGAAAGGACUGUACUUUUUCAUCCAUGUUCCAGUCAGCUAUACUUUGAAAACGGUUGCCUUAUUUAUUCUUUGCAAAAUAUCCACUAAGUAAGUCUCUUUCCUUUGGACAUUGAAUUUGUGAUUUGGUUCCUCUGCUCUUUGUAUCCCAUAGUGGUCCCCUUUCCAUAUUCUUAAUUGUAUGUAUGUAUUUAUUUAUUUGGAUUCUCUCUCUCUCUCUCUCUCUCUCUCACACACACACACACACACACACACACACACACACGUCUGUGAGCUCCUUGAGAGCUAGGACUUAUCUCUGUUCCCAGUGCCAAGGAUACAGCCUGGACCAUUAGAAGAUACUCAGUUGUUUGUUGAAUAAAUAAGUGACAUGGAUUUUAGCCAAAA